AUGUUCAACAUUGAUAACAUCGUUCAGUGUGCUACUUCCAUUUCUUCGCUAUCUUCCAAUACAUCAUCAUCAACACCAUUAUAUCAUCCUCAUCCUACUCGUCAGAAUCAAACAUCAUCAGUAUUUCAUAUACCAUCUUUUGCAUCACCACUGUAUAAUACUCCACUACCACCUCAACAACAUCAUCAUCAUUCAUAUCCAUAUCAAUCUUAUUCACAAACAUUAUCACAAGAUGAAUGGUCUUUAAUAGUUUCAUUAAGAAUGAUGAACAAUCUAAGUGUAUUAUCACCAUUUCAACCGCCACCAUCUUCUGCAGCACAUCAACAAUCAGGUGAUGUAACAUCUCAUCAACCUUCUUCUUCUGAUCAAACUGGUCACCAGAUUCAACUAUCGACAUAUUAUGCAACAAAAGCUGCAGCUAUUCAUCCAUACACACCACCAUCACCACUACCAAUAACGACAACAACACCACCACCAACAACACCACCACGAACAACAACACCACCACCAACAACACCACCACGAACAACAACACCACCAACAACAACAACACCACAACAAUUACUAUAUGUUCAACAGACUCAAUGUCCCACUACACAAACACAGCAACUGUUAACAACAGCUGCUUCACAACCAUCAACAAUUUCAGCACAUACAGAACCUGAACAAGUAUCUUCGUCUUCACAAAUAUCAUCGUCACGACAAAUGUCUUCACCUCCACAAAUACAAUCUGGUCACCAGAACCAUUCACCUAUGCUACAACUACAGUCACAUUCUUCUCCUGCUUCACCACCACCAGCUAUUAUUUCACCAGUACAACAACACCAACGAAAAGUUUCAGAUCAAAGUAUAUCAGCUUCUCCUCAACAACAUCAAUCGACUCAUCCACAAACACCAACAAUCUUUCACUACAACCAAACGAUAACAGGACCAGCUGUUCAAUUACUUGAUCCAACAAAACCAUAUGAACUUGGAGAUACUAUUAAAAUUGGUGGACGUACGUUAGAAUCAGAUGCAUUAUCAAUGAAAUAUUGGUGUGAAGAUGAUAUGACUGUCAAUGAGAUAACAACCGGUAGACACAUAAUGAAUAUGGCUGGUUAUUCGUAUUUCGUUAAAAAUUAUGGAAAAAAUUUUACAACGUGGGAAUGCGAAUAUCGCCGCAAACAUAGGUGUUCAUCAAUAGUUAUCCGAUCAUCGGAUCCAACUGUGAAAAAUUAUUUUCGGAUUUAUUCUAUUCAAGGUGAACAUAUUCAUGAACCAGCACCAAACAAUAUUGAAGUUCGAAAAUUUAAACAUCGUAUAAGAGAGCGUUGUAGACAAGAAUUAUCUAGUCCACGAACAAUUUAUGAAGAUGAAUUGAAGAAAGGAAAAUAUUCAUCGGAAAUGUUAGCAGUUUUGCCAACAUUUUAUAAUAUGCAAGCACAGUUAUAUCAUAUUCGUCAAGAACAUUUACCACCAUCACCAACAGAUCCUAACUUCAUCCUACAUCCAGCAUUUACAUCUACAGACCAAGGUGAAAGAUUUUUAUUAUAUGACUCAAAUAAUGUUCAAGCACCAUAUGCACCAGCACCAAGUAAAGUCGGACGUCUUAUAAUCUAUGCUAGUGAUUUACAGUUGAAUAUUUUAUCGAAAUCGAAACGUAUUGGUAGUGAUGGUACAUUUGAAACAGCUGCACAGAUUACUCAUCAAAAUUAUAUAAUAAUGGGUGAAUAUGAAGAAAAACAUUCUGUACCAUUAGUUUUUUGUUUAUGCGAACAUAUGAAUUAUGAAACAUAUGAAUUAAUCAUACAAGUAUUAAAAACAGCUGUUAGUAGUUUAAAAUUAGAUUUUCAACCAACGUAUUGGAUGAGUGAUUACGAAGCUGCAUUAACAAAAGCUAUUAAACAAGAGCUACCAAAUACUAAAUUGCUUGGUUGUGCUUUUCAUUAUAAUCAAGCAAUCUAUCGCAAUAUUCAAACUAAAGGCUUACAAGAGGCUUAUCAAAAUGUUGAAGUAGUACGUCAAAUGCUUCGUCAAAUUAUGGCUUUGGCUUUUAUACCAAGUGAUCAAAUUAAAAUAGUGUACAAUGAUGUUAUUAAACCACAAUUAAGUAAUGUUCCCACAAGACCAACAUCUCUUCGUCAUAAUUUACGUAAUUUUUUAAAGUAUUACGAAUCAUACUGGUUAACAAAGAUUUAUAAAUUCUGUGUAUUUGAUCAACCAACACGGACAAACAACGAACUUGAAGGAUACAAUAAUAAAAUGAAUGUUCAGCUAACAGCUCAUCCACAUCUUUAUCGCCUUAUUAUAUGGUUUGAAAAAGAAGAAUUACUUGUACAACAAUUAGCAAUGAAAGUGAUUUCAGAUAUACCGGUGCAUAAACGAAAACGUGCACCAAUAACAGUUCUUAUUGAUAAUUCAUUACAAUCCUUAUGGAAUAGUUAUAAAGCUGGAACACUCACUCCAAAAGCAUUAUUAUUGGAAUCGUCAAAAUGGAUAGCAAGAAAAGCUUGA